GAUUUAUUUCGGGCUUUCGGUCUGUCCGGGGUUAUAGGGGGCAGUUGAGCCUAACGGCUUCCCUUGACCGCGACGCUCCCUGCCAGAGGUGGCCGGCGGCUGGAAUCGCUGGGCACUUCUCGCGUGUGAGGGCUUGUUGUGACUUGCCCGGGCAGCGCGGCAUGGCGGGCCCUGCACGGGCGUGGAGCCGGGUGGACCCGGAGCCGCCCUGGACUGCCAUCUGGAGUCGGUGGCUAGGAGUGGAACUGUUCCCAGCGUCACUUGUUUUGGUUGGCUAGAGAUUUGCUACAUCCUUCCUUGGAAGAGGAAAAGAAAAAACAUAAAAAGAAACGGCUAGUUCAAAGUCCAAAUUCUUAUUUUAUGGAUGUAAAAUGUCCAGGUUGCUACAAGAUUACCACAGUUUUUAGCCAUGCCCAGACAGUGGUUCUUUGUGUAGGUUGUUCAACAGUGUUGUGCCAGCCUACAGGAGGAAAGGCCAGACUCACAGAAGGUUGUUCAUUUAGAAGAAAGCAACACUAAUGAUCUAUGCAACUUUCAGAAUUUAUGUUUUCUCACAGAAGCCUUAUAAAUAAGUUCAGUAAUUCUAGUUACUCUUCCAAGAUAAUGUAAUUACAUUUGAUUUUGUAAGGUAUACAACAAUGAUCUCCUAUUUUGGUGUUUUUCAAUAAAGUUUUAAUUAUGG